AUGGCCCGAGAGGUAUAUGUGAAUUUGAGUGAGCGAGACGCGCGUGAUUAUGAAGUGGUAAAGGAAGCGGUGUUGGGAUCAACCCUUCUAUGUCCGAGUGUGUACCGGGAAAGGUUCCGCAGGACAACAAAAAGCCCAGGUGAUACUUAUCUCGGGAUGGCUCGAGAGGUUAUCCUUAAACUGAACCGGUGGCUGAAGGCCGAGGAAGCCACUACAGUUGAGGAGGUAAAAGGAGUUAUGCAGAUGGAACAAUUUAUGAGCGAAAUGCCCCUCAGUGUAAAAUAUGAGCUCGUAUCCCACGACGUGAAAGAUGUGAUGGAAGCCGGACGCAGAGCUGACAAGUACUGUGCGGUCCAUGGGCUGAACGGAGAUGAACACCAUGGAGGGAGAAAACCAUUCUCCAACAAAGAUGAUGGUCAUCAGAGAUAUAAGAAUGACCGCCAGAUGAGCUCGACAUCAGUCCACAGAUCAAACCAGCCCCGCCCUAACAACUAUAGUUUUCCCCACACUUACACCAUGCCCCCGCCAGCCGACCACAACGUGAGGUCUACGCCCUAUAGGAGUAGGCCCAGGAGCACUACCUAUUACCAGAAGGGUAGUGGUGAUGAAGGUGCAGUUAAGUGCCUUGGAUGUGGAAGUAGCGGGCAUAGGAAGUACCAGUGUCCGAAGGGACGGCCGAAGCCAGUGGGAGUAGUUGCCGCCCAAAGAGACUUGAUAAAGUAUGUGGAGAAUAUGAAUGCAGAGAUACAAGAAGAGCCGCCGAAAGAUAAGCGCUUUGAGCACUUCAUCAGUAAGGGCACAGUGAAGGUGGAGGUAAGUACAGAGAAGGUGAUCAGAAUCCUUCGGGAUACGGGAGCUAACCAGAGUCUGAUCUUAAGUAGUGUACUCCCAUGGAAUGAGGAGACCAGCACUGGCAGAGAGGUCUCAUGCAAGGGUGCAGGAGGCAAGUUCAGUAUUCCCCUGCACAAAGUUUGGCUGGACUGUGGAUACGUCACUGGAGAGGUGACGGUGGGAGUGAAGGAAACACUGCCCAUAGAUGGAGUGGAUAUGCUGGUCGGGAAUGACCUGGCUGGAGGUCGAGUUAUCCCUAAACUUCAGAUGGUAGACAACCCUCUGAUAGGGAUGACAGAAACCACCACUCCGGCAGAAGUCCCUCCCUCAACAGAUGGGGAGGCAGAGGUGCCUGAAUUGUUCCCAGUCUGCGCAGUGACUCGAGCGAUGGCCAGUAAGGAACGCAUGGACACCGAAGGAGCAACGCAGGAGGACGAAGGCCUGGGCGUUCUGUUUGAGGAACCUGAUGAAAAAGGAACUAACCCAGAGUGUGCGAGUGAUGAGCCGGUUGUAGGCCAGGUGGAGCCCAACCUUGAUUUUCUGGUGGAAAAGAGCGAGUUGAUAAAAGCUCAGGAGAGUGAUGAAAGCUUGAAGUCUAUUUGGAAUGAGGCUAAAAGGCUGGGUGACCUUGACAAUGAGUACGUGGGUUACUAUGUGGAUAACGGAGUAUUAAUGAGAAGUUGGAGGCCCCUGACAGCCCCAACCUCUGAUCACUGGAUGGUGAAAAGGCGGAUUGUGGUGCCACGGGUGUAUAGGAAGAACAUUUUGGAGAUGGCACACGAAAGUAAUCUGGCAGGACACCUGGGGGUCAGAAAAACCUUAGGAAAAAUCCUGUGUCAUUUUUACUGGCCCAGAGUGAGAGGUGAUGUGGAAGAGUUUUGUAAAACUUGUGGUUUGUGUCAGAAGGUGGGCAAGCCGAACCAGGUGAUUCGCCCUGCCCGCCUUUACCCUAUACCUGUGGUCGACGAGCCUUUCAGUAAGGUGGUAAUAGACUGUGUAGGUCCUUUACCAAGGACCCGGAGGGGAAACCAGUAUUUGCUGACUAUUAUGUGUAUGUCAUCUAGGUUUCCUGAGGCCAUUCUUCUCAGGAGUAUAAACUCUAAGAACAUUGCGAGGGAACUGGUGAAAUUUUUCUCCUGGGUGGGAAUUCCUAAGGUGUUGCAGUCAGACCAGGGAAGUAAUUUCACUUCUCGCGCGUUCAGGGAAAUCCUAAGGGGUUCAAAGGUUGAACAGAGACUGUCGAGUGCUUAUCAUCCUCAGUCUCAGGGUUGUGUAGAAAGAUUUCACCAAACUCUUAAAAACACUCUCAGGAUGUAUUGUGAGGAGAUGAGUGUUCAGUGGGAUGAGGCAUUGCCACUAGCCUUGUUCGCGUUAAGGGACAGUGUGCAGGAGUCAACUGGUUUCAGCCCAUUUGAGUUAGUGUAUGGGAAUGAGGUGAACGGUCCUUUAAGGAUGGUGAAAGAAAAAUGGUUAGGAGCAGAGGAGCCUCCUACUGUGGUGAAGUAUGUAUCUGAUUUCAAGGACAGAUCGAUGAGAGCUAGGGAAAUUGCUCGGGAAAAUUUGAAAAAUAGUCAGAGUGAGAUGAAAGGCUGGUAUGACAAGAAGGCGAGGGCCAGAUCUUUCCAGCCUGGGGACAAAGUCUUGGUUCUUUUCCCAUUGCAGGGUGAUCCUUUCAAAGCCAGGUUCAGCGGGCCUUGGGAGAUUGAGAGGAAAAUGAGUGAUGUGAAUUACAUUGUAAAAACUCCAGGGAGGAAGAAAAAGAACCAGUUGUGUCAUGUAAACAUGUUGAAGCCAUUUCAUGAAAGGGACAGAGAAAAUGGAGGUGAUGUAGUAGAAGGAGUAAGAACUGUGAGUGUUGUAAAUGUAACCACUGAAGCGGAAGAGAAGUGGUCUGAAGUGAAACUGAGUAGGCGUGAAGGGAUGGUGCUAGAGAACUCAGCUGUGUUAGGGAAUUUAAAUGAUAAACUGGGGCACAUGGAGCUAGAAAAGAAGGAAAGGAUUAGGGAGAUAAUUGAAAGAUUCAAUUCUUUGUUCCCUGAUGCACCGAGAAAAACGAAUGUGGUGGUGCACGAUGUGGAUGUUGUGGAGGCUGAACCCAUCAAACAGCAUCCCUACAGAGUUAACCCGCAGAAAAGAGAUUUCAUGAGAAAAGAAGUAGAGUAUAUGCUGGAACACGACUUGAUUGAGCCCAGUGAGAGCCCAUGGAGCUUGCCAUGUGUACUGGUGCCCAAGCCUGGUCAAGAGAGUUUCCGUUUUUGUACGGACUAUAGGAAGGUUAACAUGGUGACAAAACCUGAUGCUUACCCUAUCCCUAGAGUUGAUGAUUGUAUAGAUCAUGUGGAAAGUGCCAACUUCAUAACAAAAAUUGACUUCUUAAAGGGAUACUGGCAAGUAGGACUCACUGAGAGGGCAAAAGCCAUAUCAGCUUUUGUCACCAUGGAUGGAUUAUAUCAGUACAAAGUUCUUCCGUUUGGGAUGAAGAACAGUGGGAGUUCUUUUCAGAGGUUAAUGAACAGGGUACUGAAGGGCUUGAAGGGAUGUUCUGUGUACAUAGAUGAUAUAUUGUUGUACACUGAGAGUUGGGAAGAGCAUGUGCAGCUGCUGGAGGAAGUGUUCAGGAGGCUGGAUGAUGCCAACCUUACUGUCAACUUAGCAAAAAGUAAUUUCGUGCAAGCUAAUGUGGAGUACUUAGGUUUCAAGGCUGGAAAAGGUGAAGUGAGAACCGUGGAAGCCAAGGUGAAAGACAUUGUAAAUCUCCCUCCACCCACCAAUAGGAAGGAGAUACUGAGAUUCUUAGGGGCCAGUGGAUAUUACAGGCGAUUUUGUAAGAAUUUCUCUGAUGUUGCCAUACCCUUGACCAAGUUGCUGAAUAAGAAGUCAAAAUUUUGUUGGGAUAAGCAUUGUGAGGAAGCUUUUGUAGAGAUUAAGAAAAUGUUAGUCAGUGCCCCAGUGCUGCGCAUGCCUGAUUAUGAAAAAAACAUUUGUAUUGUACGUGGAUGCCAGUCAGAAUGGUGUGGGUGGUGUGUUAAUGCAAGAACAUGA